AUGAGGUGUCGGCGAAACGCAUCGUAUUUCCCCUGGCUUAGUGUCUUAAUAACCCCUUACGUGCUGAUCCCGACCCAGCUGGGCGCAGUGGCCAACGGGCUUCUUGCCGGCAACGGGCACCCGCCGUACCGCGAGCUGGCCGUCUGGCUGCUGCUAAGCGUCCUCGGGGGCAAGUCCGGCAUUGGUCUGGCGCUGGACCUGGCAAAGGUGCCGGUGCGGCAGUUCUCGGAGCGCGCGGUCGCCAAGGCCGCCUUUACGCACGUCAUGGCGCUGCCGAUGGACUUCCACGCCGAGCGCGAUGCCGCCGAGGUUAUGAAGGCGGUCGAGCAGGGCGGCGCGCUGAUGCGCGUGCUCGAGCGCGCCGCCACCGAGGUGCUGCCCACGGUCGCCGACCAGGCAUCGCCGCGGGGGUGCUGUACGCGCGUUUCGGCGCCCCCCCUGGCCGCCGCCAUCGCUGCCGCCUUCUUGGUGUUCCUGGUGCUGGAAGCCUGGACAUCGACGCGGUGGCGGAUCGCGCCGCGCCGGGCGAUGGCGCGCGCCGAGCGGGAGGAGGCCCGCGUCAUGCACGGCGCUAUCCAGGGCUGUGCGGCGAGGCGCAGCGCCUGGCCCUGGCGCGCGCGCUGCUGCGUGACCCGCUCGUGCUGGUGCUCGACGAGGCCACGAGCGCCGUCGACUCGCGUACCGAGGAGGGGAUCCAGCGCGCCGUCGGCGCGUUCCGGCGCCGGCGCGCGCGCACCACGCUCGUCAUCGCGCAUCGCCUGUCCACCAUCGUCGGCGCCGACCGCAUAA